ACCCACCCUUUGCGCGCUCAGACUCUGCCUCACUUCAUAAAAUCUGAUGUCACCUAGGAGGUUCCCUCAAAUUCAUGAAGUGUAAAUCGAAUGACUGCUUUUGGGUUACAAACAACGACCGAUUUGUUUUUGUUAAUCACUUUUGUUGAGAAAAUGUAGCACAGGAGGAUUAAUUGAUGAAAGUCUUUUAAAAUCACACGACGACUUGAAAUGUCGAUGGAGGUGGACUAAAGAAAACGCACGAAAACCUUGAGUAUUAACGGAUGGUGUCCAAUCUCAGGAUGCAGUGGUUUGGGAUAUUAUACCCCAAUUUACUUAUUUGGUUUCAUCACUGUACAUCAGAUACAGCUUUGACGUUGGAGAGCAGGACCAUGUUCACAUACGACGAGUCCUACUACGAGUACGUACCCGACAGGCUACCUUGGCAUGGGGCCGGACGCCUCUGUAGCCAGCGCUCGGGGGCCUUAGCCACGGUAUCCAACACCUUCGAGAACCGAGAGCUCACCACCUUCUUAAAGUCCCUGAACAUAACCCACCCCGUGUGGAUCGGCAGGAAAGUCAUGACACACUUAAAGAGUUACGCCGAGACUCUUAUUCUGGAGUUUGACGGGAGAUCCGACGUGAAGAACGCGCGCCUCCUGCACAAGUUCCCCGCCAUGUGCGAAGUGACCGUUUGCACCCGCGUCCGCUUCGAUCCGGCCUGCUACGGAUUUUCCACUGUCUUUUCUUAUUCCAUCCAGUCAUUCAUUAAUGAGUUCCAGCUCCGCGCCAGGCUGAUCCAGGGCCAGCCCGUCCAGCUGGCUCUGCUGGUCCAUGGCAUGCACGGGCCCUACCAGGAGGCAUUCCGCCAUGAUGGCUCCUGGCACUCGCUGUGCGUGAGCUGGUCGUGCCACGGCGGACGCUGGGCCCUGUUUGCCAAUGGCCGCCUGGUCAACCGGGGUGACAGCCUGUACAGCGUAGGUGACGUGGGCCCUGAUGGCCACUUCAUCCUGGGCCAGGAGCAGGACUCGUUCGGGGGCUCGUUCAAGAGCGCAGAGUCCUUCUCGGGUAGUCUCACGCAGCUGCACAUUUGGGAGCGGGUGUUGAACGACAGCGAAAUCCACACCAUGGAAAAAGAGUGCUCUCCCGCCUCAUCCGGGCUGGUAUUCAAGUGGAGCGCCACAGUUCUGGAAGUGGAGUCCUCCCUGAAGAGGCUCUGGGGAGACUCGCCGUGCCAAGCUAACAGCAGUAAGUUGGCCGACGAGUUCCUGUACUCCCUGUUGGAUUCAGAUGUGGUGCCAUAUCACAACUUCUCUGAGGUGGUGGAUGCACCUCAGGCUGGGGAGUGUGUCACCUUUGACCCCCUGAGUGGAGGCUGGGGCUUAGACGUUUGUGACAGUCAGAGAGGUGCCGUCUGCCAGUUUGAGAAAGAGGUGUUGGACAUCUUCGGCUUUCCCAAGACAGCGUUUUUCAGUAAGGUGAUUGAGGACAUGAGCAUGAACGUGUCGUCUGAGAAAGACUUGGCGUCGAUGAGCGGACUGACCACCGUGCUGGUCAGGGUCCUGGAGGCCAGUCCGGACAUCCUCACGUCCACCGAUGUCCUCUACCUCACCGAGAUGAUGAAACUGGAGGCCACCACCACCAUCCAGGAGGUCAACCAUGCCCAGGAGGGCCUAGACUCUACCGAGGCCAUGGUGUCCAUUGCCACCAACUACCUGAAACUGGCCAGUCUCAUCCUGGACUCUAAGAUGGCCGCCCAGUGGCUAGGUCGGCCGGAGGACGUUGCCACUGUGGGACCAUUCACUGUGGUGGAGAGCAUUGAUAAACUGACUGGAGCUUUAGCAGAUGUGCUAUCUGCAGAGUGGAAAAGCUUCACACUCUCAACGGAAAACAUAGAUGUGCACGUGGAGGCACGGAAGCUGUCCCAGAUGAGCUGCAGCUGUGUGUUUAAACCGUCAGUGUUUGGCGGCCACAGUAGCGGUAGUGGCCAGGACGAGCUGCUCAUCCCCGACACGGAGGUCCAGAGACUACAUGACUUGGGUCACAAGGAAGUGAUGUUCAUCCAUACGUACUACAGCCAUCUCAUGGAGAUCCAGUCUAGGAUGGAGCAGGACACUUCUCCAGUAGACCGGAGUGAAAACACAGGUGUCCUCCCUGGUCGCAUGGCCACUGCAGUCAUCUCAGCCACGGUUCGAGACCCCUUCAAGGCCCAGAACAUCCCAGUGGCCAUCCACUAUACUUUGUCCUCCUCGCACGUGGUGGAGUAUUCGCAGCGAGUCACGCCUGUUUGCGUGUUUUGGAAUUUCACCCUAAUGACUGGGAAUUCCAACGGCUGGUCCAGCGAAGGUUGCAGGGUGACUCACACGGGCUCUGAUGUCACUUCCUGCUAUUGUAACCACACCACCAACUUCGCCGUCCUGAUGAAUUACAUGGAGUCCAAGUGGACUCAGGAGGAGGAGGAUAUUUUGACGAAGCUGACGUUUAUUGGCUCUGGGGCCUCUCUGUGCGCGCUGGUGGUGACCUUGAUGCUGUUCACCGUGCUGGACAUUCCCAAAUCGGACAGGACGUCUAUCCACAGGAACCUGUUCAUUGCGCUAACCUGUGCCCAGAUUGUCCUUCUCUGCAGUGGCUCAGCUGUCAACAACAAGGUGGCCUGCACCCUGGUGGCGGCCCUGCUGCACCUUUUCUUCAUGGCUGCCUUCAGCUGGAUGCUGGUGGAAGGACUGCUUCUCUGGAGCAAAGUGGUGGCGGUCAACCUGAUCGAGGACCAACACAUGAAGUACUACUACCUCAUUGGCUGGGGUCUGCCAGUGCUGAUAGUCACAAUUACCCUGGCCUCUGCCUCAGGGAAGUACUCUGCUGAUGGCCACUGUUGGCUCAGUGUGCAGAACGGGGUCAUCUGGGGCUUCGCAGGUCCUGUCAUUUUCAUAAUUAUGGUGAACAUCAUGGUUCUGAUGCGGGUGGUGGUCAUCACCAUCUCCACAGCCAAGAGGAGGUCCAUCAUGCUGGCAAUGGAUAGCAGUCCUGUGGAGCAGGCCUACGAGCAGAUCAGGGCUGCAGUGAAAGCGGUGCUGGUGCUACUGCCAAUCCUGGGCCUGACCUGGCUCUGUGGCGUCCUGGUGCCCUUCUCCAUAGUCAUGGCCUACAUCUUCAUCUUUCUCAACUCACUGCAGGGCCUGUUCAUCUUCCUGAUAUAUGGGGUGUACAACACAGAGGUUCGGAGCACAGUUAAAAGGAUCAAGGAGAGAAGAAAAGCGCUACGUUUUUCAAACUGUGCCAGCUCCAGACCCUCCAGCUCAUUAACCAGCUCCCGGCCCGCCAGCUCCCCCACGCCUUCCCCCCAGGGCCCCCAAGGUCCCAGCCUGGACGAAGGGGGGGACAAGACCUGCUCCGGCCAGCCCAGCCCACUUCCCAACCCCACCUACCCCCACACCCCAGGCCUUGUGGAGGAGAACGCCAACAGAGGUCAGCUGUCCAUUCCUUGUGUCCCAAAGAGGCUAAAGGAUUCCCACAGUCAUGCUACAGGUGCCUUGAUCCCCAGAAUGGAUAACCCUCCCAAAGCCAUGGAGGCCAUGCUAGGUGGAUGUAGCCUUCACGUACCCAUGAUGGACGUCGAGCUCACGUCUUGUUUCUCCCUCCCCGAAACCCUAACCCCCAGAAAACCUACGGCCUAACCCGUCUGUGUCCCUCAUUACUGCUCUGUCAUUUUGCUGUUGUUUUUUUUCUUUGUCUGCUUGUCUCUUGAGGUGGUGUUAAUUUUUCUAUAUUUUUUUAUAUACUGAUUCCACAUUGUCUCUGUACAGUAUGUCAUUUAAUUUUUUACUUUUUGUAAUGUUUUGUUGAACGACGGUCGUGUUGUUAAUUAGGUAACAAACGAUAAGAGAAUUCAAGGCUGUAGAAAUGCAUAUGUCGAAAGAAUAAGGCAGCACUUUCUUUUACCAAGUAGCAUGGAAUAGUGAUUUCAAUGUCUCCAAAAAUGUGUUUAAAAUAAACAUACAGUACUCUUCA